AUGCAUCAGGUCCAGCUAACACAACGGUGGUCUGUUCCUUUGCAUAUAGGCAUAUAUGGAAGCGUUAUCAAGAAUCGGGAGAUAUUUCGAAAGAGCGAUUUCCAGGAGAUUGGUGAAAAUGAACCGGGUAUUACUGCUGAGAAAGACCCAGAGGUUCACCGACAAAUCGCCAAGCAGCUUGUUCCUGCAUUCAGCACUAAAGCUCUGAGAAAGCAAGAAGAUGUGAUUCAUCAACAUGUGGAUGGCUUUGUCGCUCAGCUUCGCAAAUACGGAAUGGGAAGUGAUAACCUUGAGAUGAAGCAGUGGCUCGACUGGCUCCUCUUUGAUAUCGCAGGGGAUAUGGCCUAUGGUAGACAGUUUGAGCAGGUGAAAAACCGUAAAUCAUCGACUUUCCUAUCCACGUUUGGAAAGGUUGGACUUUGGGGCACCACGAACCAAGUCACUCGACGGUUUCGCAUGCUCCGACCCCUUGUUUGGAUGCUGAUCCCGCCGUCUGUGGUGCUCACUGUACCAACACUACUCCGUCUGAACAGGCAAGAGAUUCGUCGUCGGAUGUCGCAGCGAGACGAAAUAAAACAUCCCGAUUACGUUGAGCAACUGCUCCCCAAGGAUGGCAAGCCAGACCCCACCGAGGACUGGGUCCUCGCCCAGGCUAAUGUAUUCAUCGUGGCCGGAUUUGACCCCAUGACGAAUUUGAUCUCAUCUGCACUGUACUAUCUCUUGACAAAUACAGAUCAAUACGGGCAUGCUCUCAAAGAGAUCAGGGAGGAAUUUGCCGAGUACAAUGAUAUCACUGGGGAGCGCCUCCAGACAAUGAAGUACCUCCAAGCAGUGAUCGACGAGUCUUUGCGCCUUCACACCAAUGCAGCAUUUGGACUCCCCCGUGUAAGUCCUGGGUAUGAAGUGGAUGGCAAUUUUGUCCCUCCUGGGGUGACCGUUCAAACCUGUUUCUUCGCGACCACGCAUUCCGAGCGUUACUUCAAUGAUGCCCGAUCCUUCCACCCUGAGCGAUGGCUGCCAUCCUCUCAUCCGCUCUACAAUCCAAAAUACGAGUCUGAUGACCGACGAGCAUUCACCCCCUUCUCACAGGGACCUCGGGGAUGCCCCGGCUUAAACGCCGGGUAUCUCCAAGCCCGAAUUAUCUUGGCUAAGCUACUGUGGUCCUUCGACAUGGAAUUGACGAACAAAGAUGCAAUUGAUUGGGAGAAGGAUAUUAAGAUGUUUGCGAUCUGGAUUCGGCCAGAGCUGUUUGUCCAGAUCCGUCCCGCGAAUGGGAACAAGAGUUAG